UUCCUCCGCCGCCGCUACCCCAACCACCACCAACACCUCCACCUCCACCUCCUCCUCUCUCCUCCAUCUCCUCCCCCAUCAAAACCCCUCCUCCAAAUCUCAGCGCAUCGGUCUCUAAUCUUAAAUUCAUAGAAUCUUCAAUGGAAGUCGAAGUUAAGCUCCGCUUAAAACACGCCACAGCCCACCACCAAGUAAUAACCCUUCUCGCUCCAUUUCACCUCAAAACUUUGCACCAACAUAACCUCUUCUUCGAUACCCCAACUUCGUCACUCUCCUCUCAACGCACCGUUUUGCGUCUCCGUUUUCUAGAUAAAGACACUUGCUGUAUUGUGUCUCUUAAAUCCAAGCCCACUUUGAUUAACGGAGUGAGCCGCGUGGAAGAGGACGAGGAAGAACUAGAUCCGGUGCUGGCAAAAGAUUGUGUUCAGAACCCGUUGAAGUUAUUUGAUUUGGAUUCUAGGGUUGUGAAGAGAGUGAAGGAGGAAUUUGGAGUGGAGAGUGAAAUGGGGUUGGUGUGUUUGGGGGGUUUUGAGAAUGUGAGGGAAGUUUAUGAGUGGAAAGGGUUGAAGUUGGAGGUUGAUGAGACUAAGUAUGAGUUUGGAAUUAGUUAUGAGGUGGAGUGUGAGAGUGACGAUCCUGAGGGGGUUAAGAGAUUGCUUGAGGAGUUUUUGAAUGAAAAUGGGAUUGAAUAUGAGUACUCUGAGAAAUCUAAGUUCGCUGUCUUUCGAGCUGGGAAGCUACCUUAAUCAGGUUUCUUGUGGUACGGUUAUCUAUGGCCAGGUAUAGGUUUGGAAGAGAUCAUUGUAAUGGACGAAGAAAAAAGGUUUUAGAGUUAACUCUCGAGAACCAGAAAGAACUUGUCACCGCAAUCUCUCUGGAAAUGCCUGCAUUUUCCACAGGCUUCUCCUCUGAUAAUAGUCACCAUUUUUCUCUUGUGAACCAUUUUAUCAUGAAGUUAGAUAGAUUCUGGUGUUUGUUAUGAGUUUAUACUAUUUUCAUAUUUAUAAUUGUUAAAGUGGAUUAUUUUAA